UCAAAAAAAAUGUCAGGCCGGGGAAAAGGUGGGAAAGGACUGGGUAAAGGAGGCGCUAAGCGCCAUCGCAAAGUUCUCCGUGACAACAUCCAGGGUAUUACAAAGCCAGCAAUUCGUCGUUUGGCUCGCCGCGGAGGAGUCAAGCGUAUAUCUGGUCUCAUCUACGAGGAGACUCGCGGUGUGCUGAAGGUGUUUCUGGAGAACGUUAUCCGCGAUGCCGUCACCUACACCGAACACGCUAAGAGAAAGACCGUGACCGCUAUGGAUGUGGUUUAUGCCCUGAAGCGUCAGGGUCGCACUCUGUACGGCUUCGGUGGGUAAACUUUUCGUCGCUCGGAAUUACACCAAAGGCUCUUUUAAGAGCCACC